AUGCCGUACGCCAACCAACCAUCGGUUACAAUAUCGGAGCUGACCGACGAAAAUGUGAAGUUUAUAGUCGAAGACACCGAAUUGAGUGUGGCAAACAGUCUUCGCCGGGUGUUCAUCGCAGAAACGCCGACGCUGGCAAUUGAUUGGGUUCAACUGGAAUCAAAUACAACCGUUCUGGCCGACGAGUUUCUUGCACACCGAGUCGGAUUAAUACCACUUAUUUCUGAUGAAGUAGUAGACCGUAUGCAAUACAGUCGGGAUUGUCCCUGUUUGGAUUUUUGUAAUGAGUGUAGCGUUGAAUUUACCCUUGAUGUGAAAUGCAACGAAGAACACACUCGGCACGUAACAACAGCAGAUCUAAAAUCAAGCGAUCCUCGUGUGUUACCAGUCACAUCAAGACAUCGAGACGAUGAAGACAAUGAAUACGGGGAAGGAACGGAUGAAAUCCUCAUUAUUAAGCUACGUAAAGGACAAGAGCUAAAGCUGAAAGCGUACGCAAAAAAAGGGUUCGGUAAAGAACAUGCCAAAUGGAAUCCUACCUGUGGAGUUAGUUUUGAAUAUGAUCCAGACAACGCUAUGAGACAUACGCUUUAUCCAAAGCCUGACGAAUGGCCGAAAUCAGAGCACACAGAGCUGGAUGACGACAAAUAUGAAGCAGAUUACAACUGGGAGUUGAAGCCAAACAAAUUCUUCUUUAAUGUUGAGUCGUCCGGUGCACUCAAGCCAGAAAAUAUUGUAUUAAUGGGCGUCCAAGUGUUGAAAAACAAGCUGUCUAAUCUGCAGACCCAACUAAGUCACGAAACGGAUGUUUUGGCAAUUUAA